AUGAAUAUCAAAACAAAUGAAGGAUUAACUCUUACAGAGGCAUUUUCAAAAACUGGGCCAGAAAAUGUAAGAAAUGUUUGUAUUGUUGCUCAUGUUGAUCAUGGUAAAACAUCAUUAGCUGAUACAUUAAUAUCAUCUAAUGGUAUAAUUUCAUCGAGAAUGGCUGGAAAAUUACGUUACAUGGAUAGUCGGGAGGAUGAACAAAAUAGGGGAAUUACUAUGAAAUCAAGUGGUAUUUCAUUAUACUAUAAUCCUAUAUUUAUUAAUCUAAUUGAUAGUCCUGGACAUGUUGAUUUCUCAUCUGAAGUAUCUAGUGCCAUUUAUAUUGCUGAUAUUUCUAUUUUAGUUGUUGAUGUUGUUGAAGGUGUCUGUUCACAAACAGAAACAGUAUUAAGACAAGCAAUAAAAUGUCGUCAUGAUAUCAUUUUAGUUAUAAAUAAAAUUGAUAGAUUAAUUUGUGAAUUAGGAUUUGAUACCAGUCAGGCAUACAAGCAUAUAAGAAGGCUAAUUGAACAUGUUAAUAGUUGUAUAAGUCAAAUAUUACAGGGUUAUUUAAUUGAUGAUAAAUGGGAAGAAAUAGAUAAAGAGGAGGAAAGAAUUCAUUUUGAUCCAACAAAAGGAAAUGUUAUUUUUGCCUCUGCAACCCAUGGUUUUGGUUUUGGAUUAGAAGAUUUUGCCAAUAUAUGGUGUGAAAAAUUAAAUAUAACAAAAGAUGAAUUAAAAGUUUUACUAUUUUCUGAUGUUUAUAUUGGAGCAGGAAUGAAAAUAUUACAUGAUGCUGAGGCAAAAGGAAAAAAAGGAUUAUUUGAAAAAUUAAUUUUAGAUCCUAUGUGGGAGAUAUAUAAAUGUGCUUUUGAAAAAAAUGAUGUUGAAAGGUUAAGAGAAUUAGCUGGUAAGAUGAAUAUUACAACAAAAUCUAAACGUAUCAAUGAAAUUUAUGAUGAAUUCAUGAAAAAUUGGAUGCCAUUGACAAAAGCUUGUGUUAGAGCAAUAUAUAAAUGUAAUAGUCCUAAAACUUGUUUUAAGAAUGAGGAUAAAUUAACGAAUCUUUUACAAACAGAAUGCCAUCCUUUAGCAAAUGACAUCAGAAUAGCUGAUGAAGAAAGUAGUAGAACUAUUUUAACAAUAGCCAAAGUAUUUAAAUAUGGUGAUGAAAAAGUGGGGAUGUGUAGAAUUUUAUCUGGAAAAGUUAAUGUUGGUCAAAAACUAUACUUUUUAGGUGAUAAAAAUCAAAAAAAAAAUAAUUCUGAAUGUGAAGAUGAAUUAAAUAAUGAUGAGAUGUAUUUAGUAAGUAUAACACAACUUUAUAUUAUGAUGGGUAAAGAAUUAAUUCCUGUAUCAUCUGCAAAUACAGGCCAAAUUUGUGGAAUAACUAUAGAUUCUAAUUAUAAAAGUAUGACUUUAUGUUCAGAUUUUAUUAAAGAUGGUGAAAUUUCUUAUAAUGUUUCAUCAGUUGAACCUUUAGUUCAUGUUUCAAUAAUGCCAACUGUCUCUGGAAAUGAUGAAUUUGAGGAAUUAAAAGAGGCCCUUAAAUUGUUAACUGUAUUUGAUUCAUCGGUACGUGUCUUUGAAGCAGACAAUGGUGAAUUAAAUCUUGUAACAGCUGGUGAAGUACAUUUACAAAAAUGUUUAGAAGAUCUUAAAGAUCUUGGUCAAAUAAAUAUUACUGUUUCACCACCAGUUGUUCCUUUUCUAGAAACUAUUAUUCCUGAAACAAAUUUAUCAUACACCAAAAUAGUUUUUAAUCAAAUGACAGAAUGUAAUAUAAAAGGUGGUAUGGUUAAUAUUAAAUUAAGAGCUGUUCCAUUACCUAUUGAUGUUUGUAAUAUUAUUCAAAAAAAUAAAUAUUUGUUGAAAAAACUUCGGGAAAAAAAAAUUGAUGAAGAAGAUGUGAAAUUUAAGAAAUUUUAUAAUGAUUUUAAAAAGGUAUGUGAAGAAUCUCUUCCUGGAUAUAAAGGAACAUGGUGGUUUAAAAAGUCAAAAGAAGAUAUUUUGAAGAUUGUUGAUAGAGUUUGGUGUUUUGGGCCACCCAAAGCAACUUCUAAUAUACUUUUUAAUAAUAUUCAAGGUAAUACAGACAUACAAAGUAAUGUUUGGAAUACAUUUAAAACACGUGGAAAAUGGAUUGAUCAAAUAUUUACCGGAGGAUUUGAUUUAACAAUGACAUCAGGACCUUUAGCAAAUGAACCACUUCAAGGUGUCGGUAUUAUUGUUGAAGAAUUUCAUAUGACAGAUGAAGAAAUAGAUUCUUCAAUUCAAGGUCAACUUAUAAGUGCCGUCAAAGGAACAAUUCAGGCAUCACUUAAAAAACAUCCAUUAAGACUUGUCACUCCUAUGUAUCAUUGUUUAAUUCAAACAUCUCCAAGUGUUCUCGGAAAAGUACAUACUGUAAUUUCACAAAGAAAAGCUAAAACAAUAAAUGAAGAUGUAAAUCAAGCUAAUGGUCUUUUUGAAAUUGAAGCAUACAUGCCCGUCAUUGAAUCAUUCUCUUUUUGUGAAGAUCUUCGUAAGAAAUCAUCUGGAUUAGCAUCAGCAACAAUGGAAUUUUCACAUUGGCAGAUAAUUGAUGAAGAUCCUUACUGGAUCCCAACAACUGAAGAUGAAAAAGAACAUUAUGGUGAUAAGGGAGAUAGUGUUAAUCAAGCUAAAGUAUAUAUGGAUAAUAUUAGGCGAAGAAAAGGAUUAUUGACAGAUGAUUUAAUAGUUAUUAAUGCUGAGAAACAAAGAAAUUUAUCAAGAAAUAAAUAG